AUGCCUCACAACCCUUUGGAUUCCAGUGCUCCUUUGGUAAAGAAAGGGAAACAGAGAGAAGUCCCUAAGGCAAAGAGACCCACGCCUCUUAAGAAGAUUAUUCUCAAAGAAAGAGAACAACGAAAACAACACCACCUGUUAGAACAGACAGCAGUACCAAAUAAUGAAGGUAACAUUGCUCAGUCUGCAAAGAAUACUGCUGAAGAUGAAACACUUCUACAGGAUACUCAAGCAGUUGCUGAAGGGUUUCUGGAGAAUACAAGGACCAUGACAAGGACUACAGAACAUUCUGUGAGGCUAACUUCCAAUCCUCCGAAAAUCCACAGUAGGAAUUUUAGAGAUUAUUGCAGCCAGGUACUUAGUAAAGAGGUUGACCAUUGUGUGACAGAUCUCUUGAAAGAACUGGUUCGUUUCCAAGAUCGCUUGUAUCAGAAAGACCCAGUAAAGGCUAAGAUAAAACGCAGACUUGUUAUGGGUCUUAGAGAAGUUCUGAAAUAUCUGAAGCUGAAAAAACUGAAGUGUGUAAUCAUCUCUCCCAACUGUGAAAAGAUUCAGUCAAAGGGUGGGUUGGAUGACACUCUGCACAACAUUAUCGACUGUGCCUGUGAGCAGAAUAUCCCGUUUGUUUUUGCUCUUAAUCGGAAGGCCCUAGGCCGCUGUGUGAACAAAGCAGUGCCUGUGAGUGUGGUGGGAGUUUUUAGCUAUGAUGGGGCUCAGGACCAUUUUCACAGAAUGGUACAGCUGACAACAGAGGCCAGGAAGGCCUACAAAGAUAUGAUAGAAGAUUUAGAGCAAAAAGCUGAAGUAGGACUAAAAGAAACCCAACCCAGCAUCUUAACCACUGGAUGUGAAACUGAUAAAACAACAUCCAAGGACUCUGAUGAGGAUACACCAAAUUAUGUUAAAAUCUGGAAGAGAAAACUUGAAGAGUAUAACCCAUAUGCACUGGAACUGGAAAAAAGUGCAACUGCUGACAUGGUGGUAGUGAAUUCGGAAGAGCAUCAGUAA